GAAUACGACAUGGUCCUGUUCUUGGAACAGGGGAUCAGGGGAGGGUUGGUCCAGGCCAGUGAGCGGUACUGCCGGGCAAACAACCCCAAGACGCCGGGGUACGAUGCUGAGAAGCCACCGUCGUGGCUCGUCUACCAGGAUUGUAACAACUUGUACGGGUACGCCAUGGGAGAGUACAUGCCCUACGGGGGGUUCAAGUGGUAUGAGGGGGAUCUGGAUCGCUCUCUAGAGCUGUUGGACGGUAUGACUGACAAAUCCGACGUUGGGCGUAUCUACGAGGUCGAUAUCACCUACCCCGACGGCCUACACGAUGCGCACAACGAUCUCCCCUUCCUGCCACGGAACGCUGUACCCCCGGGCUCUAAGGUGAACAAGUUAAUGGCUACGUUGGAGCGGAAAGAUCGUUAUAUAGUUCACUAUAGAAAUUUAAAGCAGGCCAUCGCUAAUGGUCUGAUUGUGGAAAAGGUCCAUAGGGUGUUGGAAUUCCAACAGUCGGGAUGGCUUGCGAAAUAUAUCGAUCUUAAUACGGAGAUGAGAAAGAAGGCCGACAACGCAUUUGAACGUGAUUUCUUUAAACUACUGAACAACGCUGUGUUCGGGAAAACUAUGGAAUGCGUUAGGAAUCGUAUUUCCAUAGAAUUGGUGUCCUGUCCCCGACGAAUGCGUAAACUCAUAAACAAGCCCACCUUCAAACACGUUACCACAUACACUGAGAAUCUGGCCGCCGUAUCCUUGCAAAUGAGUGACAUACGUUUCUCCAAACCUAUUUACGUAGGGUUCGCCGUGCUGGAAAUAAGCAAGGAGUUAAUGUAUGACUACCAUUACAACGUGAUGCGGCGGCACUAUAACGACUCGAUUAGACUGAUGUAUAUGGAUACAGAUUCCCUGAUCUAUCGAAUACAUACGGAGGAUUUCUAUAAGGACCUGCUCGACAACCCCGCGCUCCUCGAGCGGAUGGACACCUCGAAUCUCCCCGCCACACACCCCUGCUACGUUGGUACGCGUAAGAAGAUCCCCGGACUGUUCAAGGACGAAACGGCUGGGCGUACUAUGCACGAGUUCAUCGCACUCCGGGCUAAAUCUUACGCGUACAAAAUCGAGGGGGACGAAAAACUCGUGGCCAAGGGGAUUCGAGGGCAUGUGGUCCGAAAUCACAUGACGUUCGAGGACCACAAGCGCUGUCUGUUCGAGGUCGAGGACGCUGGUGACGGUGACGAGAGUGAGGAGGUGGGUGACGACGACGAUGACGACUACAUGGAGGGUAACUUUGACGAUGACGUAACGCUAAAGGAUGAGGAGAUGAGACGGCGUGCGCGUCUGAUGGCCCGAUCGGUCGUCGACACGAUACACGGGAAUGCCGCGGCAGCUAGCGUCGCCGUCAUUACCGGCGUGAAAUUCACUCCGACACCACUCCCUACGUAUACACCGUACACACCGUAUAGGGAAAACGUAUCGAUCCGAUCGUUCGAGCACCGCGUCAAAACGAUUAAGACCAUGAAAAUGACCCUUAAUCGUUUCGACGACAAACGUGUUGUCGCCGACGAUCGGAUUCGUACGCGCGCGUACGGCCAUUACGCACUACGCGCGUGAUAUUAUAUUGUAUAUAGGUAUGUCUUUAUUUUGUUUUAUAUUGUACACUUGAAUAAUAUAUUGUAAUUAUAUUGUAUUUUCACGGACCCAUGUAAAUAAUAUUGUAAUAUAAUAGUAUUAUGUGUGAUUAUACAUAAAAUAAAUAU